AUGGCCACCGUCUCCAGCGGCCCCCUCCGAUGGCCACCGUCUCCAGCGGCCCCCUCCGAUGGCCACCGUCUCCAGCGGCCCCCUCCGAUGGCCACCGUCUCCAGCGGCCCCCACCGAUGGCCACCGUCUCCAGCGGCCCCCACCGAUGGCCACCGUCUCCAGCGGCCCCCACCGAUGACCACCGUCUCCAGCGGCCCCCUCCGAUGGCCACCGUCUCCAGCGGCCCCCACCGAUGACCACCGUCUCCAGCGGCCCCCACCGAUGGCCACCGUCUCCAGCGGCCCCCACCGAUGGCCACCGUCUCCAGCGGCCCCCACCGAUGGCCACCGUCUCCAGCGGCCCCCACCGAUGGCCACCGUCUCCAGCGGCCCCCACCGAUGGCCACCGUCUCCAGCGGCCCCCACCGAUGGCCACCGUCUCCAGCGGCCCCCACCGAUGGCCACCGUCUCCAGCGGCCCCCACCGAUGGCCACCGUCUCCAGCGGCCCCCACCGAUGGCCACCGUCUCCAGCGGCCCCCUCCGAUGGCCACCGUCUCCAGCGGCCCCCUCCGAUGGCCACCGUCUCCAGCGGCCCCCUCCGAUGACCACCGUCUCCAGCGGCCCCCUCCGAUGGCCACCGUCUCCAGCGGCUCCCUCCGAUGGCCACCGUCUCCAGCGGCCCCCACCGAUGGCCACCGUCUUCAGCGGCCCCCACCGAUGGCCACCGUCUUCAGCGGCCCCCUCCGAUGGCCACCGUCUCCAGCGGCCCCCUCCGAUGGCCACCGUCUCCAGCGGCCCCCUCCGAUGGCCACCGUCUCCAGCGGCCCCCUCCGAUGGCCACCGUCUCCAGCGGCCCCCUCGAUGGCCACCGUCUCCAGCGGCCCCCACCGAUGGCCACCGUCUUCAGCGGCCCCCACCGAUGGCCACCGUCUCCAGCGGCUCCCACCGAUGGCCAUUACGUCAAAAUCAGAACAGUUUGAUAUGUAA